AAAGUUACUUUCGAAUGUCAAGAGGUACCUACCAGGUAACAUGCUUGUAUUUGCUACCACUACCUGAAUAUAUUCAAACAACUGGACCAAUUCCAAAUGUUGAAAAAGAUGUUCUAAUGUUUUUAUGGUUCAUGGGUAUGUAAAAUUAGAGGAAUUCUCAUUUGCUUGCAAAUAUUUGUAACAUGUAAAAUUAAACUUGCUUGUUUUAUGAAGUAAAAUGUCCUAUUACCGGGUUUCAGAAGUAUUAGCAUUAUAGACUUAAACGUUAUCAUUGCAGGUAACCUUGAGAGUAUAAAAUCCAUGUCAGACCGAUUUAAUGUCUCAAAAAGUUCUUUUCACAAAUCCAUGAAAAGAACAGGAUCUGCACUAGUUAAAAUUAUGCCAAAUACUAUCAGGAACGAUUCCCGCCGCCAUCUUGUCGGUGACUCUAAUAAACGAAAACUCGCGUUGGUAAUUCUACCGUGAAUGUGGUUGGCCUGCAGAAUUGGUAACCAAUAAAUGUUACCAAUGGUAAACAUUAGUACCAAUGUUUUGCCAAUGGUAAAUUGCACCACCAAUAUCAACCAAUGGGAGAAUUGUGAACGCACCCAUUCUCUAAGUCGGUGUGACGUCACAGUCCGAAAUAAAAACAGCCGCCAUGACAGUUGGGGUAAAGGCCGGGUAAUCGCUAGCGUCAAAACAACAAUUGCCUGUUAAAUGGUCUGUUCGUGUUUAUUUCUGACCUUUUUACCAUUGUUUGUGAAUAUUAUUUUUACAAUGUAUCAGUACCAAGAAAACUUGCCACCUGAGGCCAAAUUGAGAUACAAACGAAAGCUGGAGACAACAGGUAUUACGCAGUGUCCCUACAAGGAGCCCGCGGACAGGUGGUGCAACGAUCCAAAACAAUGGCCGCCCACUACGUAUAAAGAUGUUUAUCACUAUCUCAUCAAAUCUCCACGUAUUUUCUCACCCGAGGCCAUGGAAAAUUACAGAUCCUUAGAGGCACACACUUUCUUUGUGUCUGGCUGGGUUCAGACAGUCUACCAUCUUAAGACAGAUAGUGGGAAUUUCAUCCUUAAAGCUGAUGUGAGACCGUCAUGGAGGGUCACAGAGGAACCUCACCACCCCUGGGUUGCAGUUAGAAAGGAUGGUCAAGUGAUAGCUGCUCACUGUGAUUGUAUGGCAGGACUUGGGGAGACAUGUUCUCACAUUGGAGCUACUAGCUUUAAAAUGGAGGCAGCUGUGAGGCUUGGUUACACAUCGGCAACAUGUACCGACAUACCCUGCGAGUGGAACCAGUGCUUUACAAAGAACGUCAAGGCUGCAAGAAUAUCAGCAAUUAAUUUCUACAAACAGUCUGCCAAAGAGAAACUGAAGUCAUCACAACAGAAAGGAAAGCCAUUACCUCAACCAUCAACAGUGUCUGACCAAAUGAAAUUUCUUGAUGGGCUCAGUGCAUUAAAGACAAACUCCGUUGGACUCAGUACUUUCAAGGAGCAUUGUGAACCCUUUAUUGGACUCGGUCCUAAACCUAAUACAAACAAACAACUGCCACCCAGUCUACAUGAGUUGUUUAAAGAAGACAAUACAAGUCUUAGCCAGGAAAAUCUUCUAGACCUGUGUGCCAGAACUGCAGUUACUGUAACGAAAGAGCGUAUCGACUAUGUGGAGGAAGUGACCAGGAAUCAAUCCCUUUCCACUACAUGGCAUAAUAUGCGUGUUGGAAGGAUAACAGCAUCUGUGAGAGGGGAGAUUAUAACCAGGAAGGGACAGAAUCCACCGAUUUCUAUUGUGAAGAAAAUCUGUGUUCCACAAAACAGACCCUUGAGAGUGCCAGCCAUAGAAUGGGGAAACGAACAUGAAGAAUAUGCUUUUAAGUUAUACACCUUCAUUCAUCAUCAAGCUGAAGGACAACUUAAGGAACCACCCUCAGGCCAUAUUUAUCUGGCACCAGAAGUAAAAAUGAACCACAUUGAUGGAACUACGACAAAAGUAGGACUUUGUAUCCAUCCUGAAAAGACAUUCAUAGGAGCCUCACCAGAUGGAAUGACUGAGUGCAGCUGUUGUGGGAAAGGAGUUCUUGAAAUCAAGUGUCCAUACAAGUACAGGGACACAGGUCUGGACUCUGUCAUUUCAUUGGACAAGUCCUUUUGCUUGAGUGAUACAUAUGCAUUGAAAGCAAACCAUAAGUAUUUUGCACAAGUGUAG